GCUUUAACUCCUCCUCCUCUCCCCCCUCCUUCUCCUCCCUUUCCGCCCCCAAACGAAAGCUCCCUCCACUGGCUGCGAUCGGCGCUGCUGUGGUCUGAGCAGGGCGCACGGUGGAGGAAGAGCCUGCAAAAACGCGGGACUUGAGCGUGUGCGUUUUGGGAACAAAAAAACCGAAGCAGCCGAGAACUCGCUCCUCUCCGAAGGGAGAGCUGCUUCUUUAAAUGCCGAGGGUUGCGCUCUCGCCGGGGGAUCCACAGCCGGCUCGAGAGCCUGGCUCGCCAUCGCCACCCCUUACAAGCUCCCGCUUGUUGCUCAGGCCGGCUGGGGAGGCGGACGCCCGGCGCGGAGCCGAAGAGCGUGGCACGGCAACCAUGAGCCACCUGCGGCCGGGCUCGGGAGCAGCGAAAGCGGCCACUUUUGUUUCUUUCCGUUCCCGCAAUUAGAACCAAAAAAGAAAAAAAAAUCGCUUUCAGGGACAGGCGGAUUAACUGGCUGCCGGAGAGACUCGCAGCCGUCGCUUGGUAAGUUUCCAGCGCCGUCGCCUCCACGGUCGGCCACUCAGGACCUGAAAGGAGGAGGAGCGGGGGAAGGUAUGUGGAGUGGAUCAGGUGACGGUAGCCAGGCACACCUGGGCUGAUCUCCGGCUUGUUUGUUCAAAGAAGGCAGCUGCCGAGCAGGCAUGGGGAAUCAAGUGGAGAAGCUGACCCACUUAAACUACAAGGAGGUUCCCACGACUGACCCAACAGGCAUGGACAGAGAUGAGGGACCCCGGAUUGGGGUCUCCUACAUAUUUUCCAACGAUGAUGAUGAUGUGGAGCCACAGCAGGACUCGGUAGUGUCAGGUCUAGGUGGGGAGCAGCCUGUAUCGCAGCCAUAUGACCCCCGCCUUCAUGAAGUGGAAUGUUCCGUCUAUUACCGUGAUGAGUGCAUUUAUCAGAAAAGCUUUUCCGGGGAUACUGUGUUACCCGAUGAGGUGGGUGGAGGGGACCACCUAGCCACCUACACCCCAGAAAACCUGUUGAACAGGUGCAAAGCUGGCGAUCUGGUGGAGUUUGUGUGCCAGGCCCAAUACCCCCACUGGGUGGUCUAUGUUGGGGAUUUCCAAGUGGUGCAUCUACACAGAUUGGAAGUAGUGAACAGCUUUCUGACAGACGCCAGCCAGGGCAGGAGGGGACGCAUCGCCAACCAGUUGUACCAUUACAAAGCGCUGAGUCCGGCCACGGUGGUGCGGAACGCCUUGGAUCAAGUCGGUUGCAAGGACCAGGACCUCAGCUGGAGGAACUCUGAGUGUUUUGCGGCUUGGUGCCGUUAUGGGAAGCGCGAGUUCAAAAUUGGCGGGGAGCUGCGCAUAGGCAAGCAGCCAUACCGCUUGCAGAUCCACCUGGGAGACAAACGCAGCCACACGCUGGAGUUUCAGAGCCUGGAGGAUCUCAUUAUGGAGAAGAGAAGGAACGAUCAGAUAGGGAGAACGGCUGUCAUUCAAGAGCUAUCCAGCCAUCUGCAGGCGGCAGACGCAGAAGAAGAUGAGACUGAUAACAAAGGUCCAGGUGCCCGGACAGCUGCUGAGUAGCAGCGCUUGCACAACUGGGCUGAGCCUGGGCUGAACGGGGAUUAAAACUGAAGGUGGUGAAAUUGAGCUGUUACAAGCCCCUUUGGGCUGCUUCAGUGCGGCUUCACUCCAAUCACAAGGGAAGGGGGGGGGAAGAAAGCUGAUUAAGUGUCAGUGCUUGAGCACUUAACUCCUUCAGUGCUUGGCAAAAGCAGCUGCUUUAUUUCGCUGAGGGUUAAAACUCAGGGAGAUCUUUCUUAACUCUCUGUUCUUGUGUUACUGUCCCUUCCCCGAGUUGUCUUCCUCCUGCUGAGCUUUCUGCAGCUUUACGUUGGAUGAGAUCCAGCAGCUUUCAGCUGCAUGAUUUAAAUUGACUAGCUGGGAAGUUCCCCUGUGCUGGUUUUGUUCCCCUUUACUUCCUAGUUUGCACUGGCAUUUCUGGAAUCUAUUUCCUUCGGUUUUUCUGGCCUAGCUCCCCGCCCUUGCCACCUUUGCCACCCCUGCCCCCAUCCCUCCAAGGACUGAAUGGCUAAAUCACUGUUAACUCUGUGUAAUUGGGUUGGCCCGUUUGUGCUGGCUGUUUAAUCAUGCGAAGCCAACUUGGGAAGGUAUGAGAUGGAGGUGCCUGCAUCCUCUCUGUGGCUUCUCUGAAAGUAUAGGAUAGGGAUGGAGGCCCUGUGGCCUUCCAGGUGGUGUUGGAUUCCACCUGCUGUCGUUCCAGCCCAUUGGCUAUGCUGGCUGGGGCUGAUGGGAGUUGGAAGCCAACUACAUCUGGAGGGCUGCAGGUUGCUCCAUCUCUGCUAUAGGAGGACUGUUAAACUUAAUUUUUGGAUUUCUGCUGAGAGACUUAAAAGGUCUUGGCCAAAGAAGGUGGCAAGCUAUAUAAGUCAGAACAGGCUGCAGGUUCCUGUUCAGCAGGGCUAGCCAGAGGUUGUUGCAGCCAUCUUUCAGGUGCUGCAGAAAUGAUUAACGUGGUGUAUCCCUUGCUUGCUGUUGAGCCAUAGCCACCAAUUUCAAUGUAUCCCCCAGGCCAGUCUGUGAAUUGUUCAUGCUAGAGUACUUUAGUGGCAGUGGGGGAAGAAUUAAAUCCACUUGGCCCCAUUGAUUGCAGACUUCAUAUCCAAAUACUGUUUGGGUAAAUCUGUAUUAUUGCAAAAUGUGAAUUCUGCUACACUUAAUUGCCUUCUUUUCCCAAGAAACACUAGGAACUGAUAGCCCUCCCUCCCUCCCUUUCUGUUUUAGGUCUUAAGUAGAGCCAACAUUUCUGAGGAUGCUUGACUGUCAACAUGGAUUGUAGAGCAGACAUACCCUGAUUUAACCUGAGGAUCAGGUUGUUAGUGAUCUGGAAGAAAUCUCUUCUCUCCUUCAGUUUGUAUUGUAAUUUGGUUUAUUAAUGGGAUUGUUGGUUUGGGGAUCCCAAGAAAGCUACUUUUCAAAGCCCCCUAUCCCUUUGCAGACUGUGGAAAAGCUCUCCCUUUUUGAGUAGCAGAUUGGUAAUAAGGACUAGGAUUACCUCUUGUCUGAAGCUAUUGUGCGUUUUCAAAUUGGGGAAAUUCUGUCUUCACCCAUUACAAGUUGAUGUCUCUGCAAGCCUUUUAAGUUCUCUUGCUGUGCUGCUCCUCGUUGAAUGAGGAAAGAGAGGGAGCCAGUGGAGGCUGGUGGCUCCAUUGUCAGUGAAUCCGCUCCAGGUUUUAGUCGGAACCUUCAAGGAGCUCUCCAAGGGGCACCUUGGACAGUUCUUUGAAAGCUUGGACUAAAAUCCGGAGCGGAUUCACUGCCCCACUGACAUCAGAGCCACCAGCCUCCACUGGAGGGAGCAAUUAUUCUCCUUUUGGUGAUGGAACUGAUUCUUAAAAGCCUCAGUGGAUCAUAGCUGUAGAAUGAGAUGGAUGCAAGUCUUCCUCUGUAGUGUCUACUCCUUGCCAGUACAGGACUGCAAUUGGGUAGGCCCUGCUUGGGUGAAAGCCCCUUUCGUUGCAGUGGAGUUGACCUCAGAGUCAUACUUGACAGAUCGUUUUCUGCCUGAGAGUUGCAUCCCGUUUUCUAGCAUCCAGUGAACAGAAACACAGUUUGGUUCUGUUCAAACGGGCUGUUAACCUUUCUCAUUCAUUGAACAACAACAGAAAAUGUUGCUUAUUUCAUGGAUGAGCCUCAGGUUUGAUUUAAGUAGCAGAAAUUAGUAACUGGAAGCAAAUGUGUUCAGUGUAAUUAAGCAGCAUAUCAUAUCUGGCCUAUAUUUCCCCUUUUCUAUUGCCUGCACUUAUUUACUUCACUACUUGAUGCAGGAAACUGCUCUCUUUCCCUCUCUGCAUUGUGAGAUUACAGGUGUGCAUGCCGACCACAGACUCCAUCCCCUGCGUAACUGGAAUGAGGGGGCUGCAGUCCUCACAAAACCUGCUCUGAGGUAUAUGGAGCUUGGCUGGUCUGGUCCGGAAUAAGCAACAUACAGAUUGUGGCUAGUUUGCAAGGCUAAGAUGUUUCAAAUAUGCUUCCAUGGUUAUGAAUCUGAAUGUACGGAAAUGAUAGCACAUGGGAAGUGGUUGGUUGUUAGCUUUUCCUCUCUCCUUUCAGUCUGUUCUUGCAUAUGCUCUCUUGUAGUAAUAAUUAGGCAGGCCCACAAGCCAGUUAAGCCAAGGAUUGAUCUUAAACCAACAUAGCCUGUGAUCCUAAAGGGCAUUUGAAACUGUAAUCCUGAAGCUGUUCUUUUGAAGUAUUCAAAUCGGAAGCUAGCGGUGCACUUUAGAAUGGACCAAUCUGGACAUUGAGCAGAAAAGAGUGAUAGAGGCAUUCCAAGGCCAUACUGCUUUAGAUUGCUGAUGUAGGCAUCGCAUGAUUAAAUGGUUCUGCGCAUCCUUAGGUUAGAAAAAUGUGUGCCAGGGAGAAUUAUAAUAUGGACAUUUCUGUCUCCACUAAUUCCUUUAACAGAGUCUUAUGCAUUGAUGCCCUCAGACAUGUGAUUUCCCCACCACCUGUAGCUUGAAGCAAUGCAACCAAGAAAAGAAAGUUACUACUUGGUUCUGCUGAAUGUAUAACUCUCCAUAAACCUGCAGUGCUUGUCUGAUUGUUGCAGUUUAAGUAAAGCCAGGCUUGGCUUCAGAAAUGUUGGUUUAACUGGUUGUGGGCUGCUGCAUCGCCGUUUCCUUUUGGGCAGGGGGGAAAACAGUAAUGCAGAAAGGGAGUUCUAGCCAUCACUGUUUGUUAGUUCACCCACUUGCUUCUGAGCUUUUCAUUUUGAGGUGAAUGGAUGUACAUAAGAAUAUCUCAAGGAGCCAUGUGUCAGAAAACAUGGGCCGUCCUGUGAGUAUACCUUCUGAGCUGUGCGCUCCAGCUAAUGUGACCAUUAAGCAGAAAUGCAGAGUGCAUGAGAGCUGAAGGUGUCUUUGAGGAGCAGAACGACUCUUUGCAUGUUGGCUCCACCAAUGCUAUUGAGGCACACGGUUGUCUCAUUGCAUCUGCCCGCACUGGUAAAAUCCUGCUUCCAAUGGUGCAGUCCCAUUGCUGUAUGUGAGGCUGUGGGCUUGAUCUGUUGCUGUACGUUGGAAUUUGCACCUGAGCAUUUCUACUUCCUUAAUGCCCCAUAUAUAAUGGGAGCUUGUUGCGAGUAGCUCUUGCUUGCUAUGAUUGUGCUCAAAUGGAAUGAAGAACCAGAAAUCAGUGGGUGUUCCUCCUCCUCUUGUAGACUGAAAGGUUUUAAGGAUGCCGUAAAACAGGAUUACCACUUGGAACUGAGCUUGAUGUUGGGGCGGCAAAUGCUUAUCUGGGAACCUAUACGUAGUUUUGCAAGGGUGAAAUCUGUGUCGGUGGUGGUUUACAUGGGUGAAGCAGUGGUUGGGAAUGGAUGUGUGGCCCUAUACAUUUAAAAGCACUGUCCUGCCACUAUUAGACAGCCGUGGCUUCCCCCAAAGGAAUCCUGGAUGCACUAGUUUGUUAAGGGUACUGAGAGGAGAGAGCUACAGUUCCCAGAGUGGUUUAAUAGUCAAUCCCUCUUCCCAGGAAACUCUGGGAAUUGUAGCUCUGUGAGGGGAAUAGGGAUCUCCUAAAAUCUCUUAGCAGCCUUGACAGGCUACAGUUCCCAGGAUUCUUUGGGGGGCGCCAGCACUGUCUUAAAGUAGUAUAAUAAUGCUUUUAAAUGUAUGGUGCAGAUGGAGCCUGUAUGUGUAUGCAGCGGUGUUAUACUCUCCUUCCCUGCCCUUGAUUCAUAGAUGUGUGUUGUGCAGUGUCACCUGUGGAAAAGCAGUGGGGAGGAGUUGGCAGGAGAAAAGCAGCAGGUGGAGGAAGAAUCCAGCACCCUCCUGCUCACCACCCCCUGGCACUCCUUUCCCCUGCAUAGCUUUCCAGUGAAGAAAUGGUGGCCUGGAUUCCCAAUCGCACGCUUGCCAUGGAACCUCUAGCUCUGCCUUCAGUAUGAGGUGUCUGCAAAGUUCUGCAGAGGGGAGGGUUUUGGCAGAUGGCAACUUCUUCCACCACUGCAGUGCCAUAUACUGGGAGGAAGCUGCACCUGCUGCAAUUCUCCUUUUUUGAACUGCUGUUAAAGCCUCUGCUUCCUGUUAAAUCCAACAAUGGUAUUCUAGCUCCAGAGUCAAUAUAUUAAUGAUCCCAGUCCUCAGUUUUUGUAGAGAACAAAAUCUAUUUCACUAUGUAACAAGUGGAUGCAAAAUGAUAUUUUCUUACACAAGUAUUUUUUGACAGAGAGUCUAUCCUGAGAAUAUUUGCAUUUUUUGAAAGUUGUUGUAUAAUUUAAAAAAAUGUCCUCCAAAUCAAUUUUUAUUUUUGGUCAUUGGUGAUCUAAAAGUAUUUUCUAGGUCAUAAAAAGAAACUAUAGAUGUCAAACAUUGUGAAUCUAUGUAUCUACAAGGUACUAAAAAUGUAAAUUUACUGUGAAAAAUAUUUUUCCCUGUGCGUCUGAAAUAUUGGCAAUGGGUUUUUUUUGAGGGAGGAUUUCUUUUCUCAUCCAUUUUUGUAAACCAUGAUCUGCUUUAUUUUAUAAAAUACUUACUCAUUGUGGAACAGCUGCUCAGGUUUAAACAAAACUCGUUUGUUAACCGAUACGUUGGAAUGUUCAUGAUUUUCUCUCAACAAAUGCUUAAUGCUCAUGUAACUGGUUACAUGGAAAGAUCAGAGGAAGCUCUGGUAACUUUAUUUCCCCUUGCGCCCCUUGUAGAGUAGGUAAUUCUGGAUGGAGCUGUAGUAACCACCUCCCCUCAACAUUCAGUGCAGGAGGUAACUACACCACCCUCUCUCCAUCCCACUCCCUGCUCCAGCAUUCUGUACUCACUACACAUAAGGGUAAAGCCUUGCUUUACUAAUAAGGGUAGGUCUGUACAACUCGAGACGCAGCAAAGCUCAGCACAAUCCAUUAGGUCCUCAAUAAACCAUUUCAUUUUUUAUUUCCUUGCAGCAAAAAUUAGGGUUGAACAGGGGCCAUUGCAGAUGUUUGCAAAGUAGUGGGACUUUAUUCAGGGUUAGGAUGCCUGCAUCAGCUUUUGAGGGUCCCUGCUGGGGUGCUAUGCAGCAGAUGGGGCUAUUAACUAGAAAUCUGCUCCCUUAAUUGAAAACGUGCUGAUCUUUUAAUUAUUUUUUGCUCUCCUCCUUGUGGGAUCUGUUUCCAGUGCACUAAGAAGGCUGUUAGUAUUGCAUGAGCUCAAGCUGUGGGAGUGGUAUUCACUGCUAGUCCUCCUCAGAGUAGAACCACUGAAGUUAAUGUUAGAUUCCUUAAUUUUAAUGAGUCUACUCGGACUUGGUUGUAUACAACCCAUAGUGUAUGCAUGGAUUGGGCCAAGAGGCUAAAUGCCCACUGCCUAUGUUUCAAUCUAUUUGUAGAGUUGGCAGUGUUAAAGGGGAUAGCAUGAUAGUCCUGUACUUUGGUGUCCAAUCUUUGGCCUUGAUCUUUUGACUCUUUGAUCAGUCUGUCCCCAAACUGGGGACAUGGACAGCUGUGUGGGCAUAUCUGCGUUGCAAGAAGUUCUUAUACUUGCAUAAUUGGCGUGGCUUCCCACAAAGAGUCCUGGAGGAUUUAAUUUGGCAAAGGUGCUGAGAUUUCUCUUGCUGGAGCUCAGUCGCUGCCUCCAUAGAAGAAUGAUUAUUGGGUUUCCUUGAGGGAAUGGAGUUAAGCUCAUUUAUGUCUGUGGUGCAGAUUUGCCUUCUUGAUUCUUUGACUUGGAGGUGAUGAUUCAGACAUACUACGAAGUCACAGCCUGUCCACAUGUGGAAAGCUUACACAUCUGUAAAAUUGCCAUCAUGGUCCUCUAGGAUGGGAAACCUGUGGCCCUUCAGACGUUUUUGGAUGUGGUCAGAAAUAAUGGGGGCUGUAGGUCAAUGUCUGGAGGGCCACAGUUUUCCCCUCUCGGUUCUAGAGCAUGGUGGCCAAGGACUGAAGUUUUAAUCUAGAAGUCCCUGGUUUGAAUCUCAUUCCAGCCAUGUGUGGCAUUAGACUAGGAAGGCCAGGUUCAGAUCACCAUUCAGCCAUAAGUGACUAGUCCAAGCCUAACCUACAAGCAUAUUGGGGAUGGAAGAGGUGGGAGUCAUUGAAGGAAAGGUGGAAUAUCAAUGUAAUAAGUAAUAAACUCACAAAGUGGUGUUAGGAAAGCUGCUUGCACCCUGAUUCUGCCUCCCCCAAACCCUGAAAUAUAGGGAUGAUAGUACUGAUCUGCCUUAUAGGCUUAUUUGUAAGGUUUACAAUAUAAGGUCCACAAAGUGUAUUGAAUCCCUAUACAAAUCCUGAAUAUUGUGACGUGCAAACUUUCCACCUGCUGGGAGAUUUUAAUACACGGGAGAUGUGGACUUUUAAAAAUGUAUCAUGUUGUGGUCUUAAAUGGGGUUUCCCGGUGGUCUUCCACCCAAGAGGUUGCUCAGGGCUACAUCAAUCCUGUUCACUGAACCCAGCUGUAUAUGUGUUUUAAAUGAACUCUCCUUCCCCUGCUGCUUAUAACAGCAUUUUAAAAUAAAUAUUCAGCUUGUGGAAAUCCUACAUAACCAUAGCCAAAGGUGACUUAUCUCUUUUGGCAGCAGCUACAGUAAAAAAUGACUCUCCUCAUUGAUUGUUGCAGUGGUUUAAGCUCCCAUAGAACACAUAAGGCCCCAAAGUCCUUAACUUUGGGAUGUCCCAUUAAUGUCUAUGAGAGUUUUCUGGAGUAAGCAGCUCAAAUGUGUGGGGCCUUAACUCCUGAUUUGUCAAUGUGACAU